GCUGCACCGCCCCGGCGGAGCGCGGCGAGCAUGGUGGCGCGGCUCUGACCGCCUGUCCCCGGUGGGGACGGCCGCGGGGCGGCGACCCGUGCCCCGGCGGGCGGGGGCGCGGGAUGACGGGGGUGCUGGAGAGUCUGAUGCCGGACAUGCACACCAGCCAGAUCUCCGCCGGUAGCUACCACCAGCACGGCGGCCUGCACAAGCCGCAGGAGUCUCCCACGCUGCCCGUCUCCACGGCCACCGACAGCAGCUACUACAACAACCAGCAGCACGGGGCAGCGGGCGGGCCGCCCUACGGCCCCGUGAGCUCCUACCCCUACGCGGGCGGCGGCACCGCCCCCUACUCUGCCAAGGCCGCCUACGACGUGGGUUACGGGGGCGCCUACGGCUCCUACGGGCCCUACGGCAGCAGGGCCUCCCCAGCCAACAACGACUCUGCAGAGAAGGAAGACUGCGAGCCGGAGAUCAGGAUCGUGAACGGGAAACCGAAAAAAGUGCGGAAGCCCCGGACCAUCUACUCCAGCUUCCAACUGGCGGCUCUGCAGCGUCGCUUCCAGAAAACCCAGUACCUCGCCUUGCCCGAGAGAGCGGAGCUGGCGGCCUCCCUCGGCCUCACCCAGACGCAGGUAAAGAUCUGGUUUCAGAACCGUCGCUCCAAGUUCAAGAAGAUGUGGAAAAGCGGAGAGAUCCCAGCGGAGCCGCCUCCCCGCCGCAGUUCUUCGCCACCGUCUCCCUCCUCGCCCCCCGCCUGGGACUUCGCUCCGCACCCACGUACCGCAGGCGGAGCCGGCACCGCAAGCCCCAGCCCCGCCGCCGCCUUCCUCGGUAGUUACUCGUGGUACCCGCCAGCCCCCGCCGGCCCGGCGCACCUGCCGGCGGCCGCUCCCCUCCCGCAGCCGGCGCAGCCCCCGCAUCACCACAGCAGCGGCAACAUCUUCUAGGCGCUGUAGUAGAGACUUGAGCCCGCGGGCCACACUCGGCAGCCGCGGGGCACCGACGUGCAGCACUGGUGUUUUGGUGAAGCCGGGCUCCGGCCUCGGCCAUCCCGGCGGAGAGGAACAGCUCCGCUCCCCGUCCCGCCCGGUUGCUGCCGCCGGCGGGGCCCGUGUGCAUUCGGCCCCGUGGGGUCCUUCCUCCCUCCCGCCGUGAAAACAACCACGCUGCGAAACAAGUACUCACCUCCCUCCCUCCUCUCCGUCUAUCUUCCUCCUCUUCCUCGGCAUUUUCAUCAAACCAUCGGUGCAGAACUCUGGUUAACUUUACUUUUUAUUUUUUUAAAGUUGACAGGUGCCUUUGCGGAUAACCUCACUUUGAUGUUGGGGAUUAAAAAAUAAAACGAUUAAAAAAAAAGAUAAAUAA